AGCUACAUUUCCAAGGCGCCCGUGAAGUCUGCUGAUGCAUUCCCCAAAGCAAUCAGCCCAGCCUCGUCAGUCAAGAGAAAAUCAGUUUCCCCUGCCUGCAACUGCACAACCCCAGCAGCUUCCACCACCCCGAAGGACUACAGCCCCCGGCAGGCCUCGCGGGCUAUCAAGGCCACGUGACCACACUUCCCCGCCAGCGUCGGUCACGUGACUCGGGGAAGAUGGCCGCGCUAACAGCGGAGAACUUUGCGGCUCUCCAGAGCCUGUUGAAGGCCUCCUCAAAAGAUGUUGUCAGACAGCUGUGCCAAGAGAGCUUUUCCAGUUCAGCCGUUGGCUCGAAAAAACUCUUGGAUAUAACGUGUUCCAGCUUGUCCGUGACCCAGGAGGAGGCAGAACAACUGCUCCAGGCUCUGCACCGCCUCACCAGGGUGGCAGUCUUCCGAGACCUGUCCUGCGAGGCGAUUCUAGCACUCUUUCCUGAAAAUUUCCACCAGAACCUCAAAAACCUGCUGACAAAAAUCAUCCUGGAACACGUGUCUACUUGGAGAGCUGAAGCCCAAGCAAAUCAGAUCUCUCUGCCGCGCCUGGUCGACCUGGACUGGAGGGUGGACAUCAAGACCUCCUCAGACAGCAUCAGCCGCCUGGCCGUGCCCACCUGCCUGCUCCAGAUGAAGAUCCAGGAAGACCCCAGUCUGUGUGGGGACAAGCCCUCUGUGUCAGCUGUCACCGUGGAGCUGAGUAAGGAGACGCUGGACACCAUGCUGGAUGGGCUGGGCCGCAUCCGAGACCAGCUUUCUGCCGUGGCCAACAAGUGAGCCACUGCCCGGUUGCUCCUGGGCACCCACCUCCCAGCACAUGGUAGCCACCGCCACAGGCACCAGUGGGGACAAAGGAGGCUGCCACCCAGAAGGCACAGUCGGACCAGAGGCAGCCAGGCCCCUACAUGGAUGUUCUCACUUUUUCCCCCUCUUCCCGAAGUUGGUGAGCAUAAGCUGCUCUCCUCCAGGGCCCUGUGUGGUACCUGACUCCCAGCAUGGCGGGGAGAAGGACCUUGCUUGGUCAGCUGCCUCUGGCUGGCUGAUUGGAAAAUUCAGGCCCAAAUUGUGGAGCUCGUUUCCAGCUCUGAAGACCUCUGGGGAGUCAGGUGGCUGAUGCCAGCCUGCUUCUCUAUCAGCGAAGCCAGGCAGAUCCCGCAGGGCAGGGCCACUCAAACUUACCUGCUGCAGCGUGCCGUCCCACCCUGGUCCCCAGCCUUCACGCUCCCUCAUCCCGGCUGCGCCACCCUGCGGCGUAGGAAGUCUCACGUGGGAGCUGAUCCCCUUCUUCAUGGAGCCAGAGGGCCCUUCCUGGGUGUAAGGCAGCCAGUCAGGGUGAAGAAGUGGGAGUGACUGGAAAUAAACAACGGUUCUAACAA